GCGUUUGCCGGUCUCUUCUUCUCUCAGGCAUUUGAACCCGAUCCGUGCCUAGCCGUCUCCUCGUUCUCUUGUAUCCGGACAUAGUCCUCGGUUUUUUUCCUAUUCAGCGCCUGCGUGCUCCGGACCUUUGUCAAACCGCGAGUUUCUGAUCUCCAUCGGGAACUCUUCGUGUUCUUGUCCACCUCUCGCCAGUCCGCUUCUUACCUCCAUCUAUCUUCUUUUUGUCCGAUUGCCUAGCCAAUCGCCGAUUUAAUCGCGUCUCAUCAUGUCGUCAGCUGUAACCAGCACUCCACCUUCCUAUGCGCUAGCCGCCGGUGCGAAGCCAUCAUCCCGACGCACCUCCUCUACCACCAAGGAUGAGGCAGACUCUACCGCCCUCCCUUCAUCUUCUUCUACAGUUUCUCCUUCAAAAGACGAUCACGCGGCCGCGCCGUCGUCGGUGGAUGCCUCCGCCGAUUCGCACGCUACCGAGCCAUUAGUCAACGGCAAGCAAUCCGAUGCUGCAGACAAGACCGCCUCGGCCUCCGACGCAACUGCUUCCUCAGCUACAGCAAACGGUUCGAGCUCGGCUUCAUCUUCAUCUGCAUCCUCCACCUCGGCCGAUUCGGCAUCCUCCGUCGACACCGCCGCAAACGCCGCAAAAAAUGCGUCCGCGACCUCCAAGCCCAACCUCACACCCGCCCCUCCCCCAAAGGUCAACGUCUGGAAAGUCAAGGCCGACGCAGCCCCGCCAAAGACCCUCGCGAUCGGCGGCGAGUCUGAUCCAAGUCUUGCCGAGCUCACGGUCGCUGGCGAGAAAAAGUCGAAAUCGGCUUCCACGGACCUUGAUUCCAAGUCGUGGCCCGCCGGUCCUGACGAUGAGGACAAGAAAGACUCUGCUUCAAAGGGCGCCAAGCGCCAAGGAAAAGAAAAGUGGGUUCCGUACACGCCUGCUAUAAUUGGCCAACCGAAAUCAAGUAGAAACGGAAAGCCAUUCAGCUCCCGUACCAACAACAGCAAUAACAACGGCGGCCGAUCCGGUUCGACAUCGAACGACGCAAACGCGGCCGACGACUCAAACUCCUCGCGGGGGAACAAGAACCUUGCUCGGGGAAACAAGCAAAAGAGCGCUGGCGCGGCCAACAACUCAUCUGAAAAGCGACCGGCGAACAAUUCAUCCGGAAACGCUCCGUUUGACAAGGACAAGCAAUACCACAAGAAGCAUGAGAAGAAAGACGUCGCUGCUGCCAAGGACAAGGAGGAGUCCUCGACCAAGGCUGAGCGCGUUGCCAGCAAGGAAGCUGAGCCUUCUUCCAACUCUACCACCGCCUCUGCCAGCCAAGCUCAGUCUCCCGCCGCUGCUUCUGCUGCCACUGAAUCUCAGCAAUCACCUGAAUCAUCGGCUCCUGCUACCGAGCGAGCCUCGGAGUCUUCCCCCUCGGCUCCUUCGGCCGCCGGUCAGCCUUUCUACCCCCACCAUAACGCCAACCAGCAGCACUUUGCUUCUGGACAGCAUCAGUCGGCCAAGGGUGUCCCGGCGAACGGAAAGGCUGUUCGCCCUCAGCGAUCGUUUGCCCACACUAACGGUCAGGGCAUCAACCGACCACCGAGAGAGUUCUACAACGGCAACCAUGCUAUCAAUGGACAGCAGGCCUCUUCAUCUGCCCCUACUGCACCCCAAGGUCAGUACGUCAAGCCAACGCAUAGCGCCAGCGGUACUCGUAACCACUCGCCGCGUGCGAGCCACGCGAACCCUCAAUUCACCCAACCCCACUACGGGUACCAGCAGCAACAGCAGCAUGGAAACAACAACCAUCAUAACGGCGGCAGCUAUCAGCUCAGAAGAUCAUCGGCUGCCAAUGUUGCUCCGUUCCAGCCGGUGGGCAGACAGUUUUAUGCUCCUCAGCAAGACUAUGGCGCUGCUGCCGCUGCCGCUGUCAUUUUCGGCUACCCCACCUUCCCUGCUCCUGUGAUGCCUGGAUAUCCUUAUGAUCCAGUCAGCAUGGUCGUCCAACAAAUUGAGUUCUACUUCUCUCUCGACAACCUCUUGAGGGAUAUGUUCUUACGACGAAAUAUGAACAGCAAGGGCUUGGUCCCGUUGUCUGUUCUCGCCGGGUUCAACAGAUUGAAGAAUCUGACCGGCGGCGAUUUGAACGUCCUUGUCGAGGCCUGCAGACAAGCUCCCAAUGUCGAGCUCGUCGGCCAGAAGGUCAGAUCGAUUCACUACUGGCAGCAGUUUGUGUUGUCGCCCGAUCAGCGAACGGAUGCUGGUCGCGAGGAGGAGGACGAGUCAACUCCUUCGCCUAUGCAUGAGUCUCCAGCUCCUGCGGCAGCGGUCGCUGCUGGAUCAGAGUAAUCGGUCUAAAUCCUUUCGUCUAAAAAUCAGCACUCUACAAUUCUGUCCUCCGUUUUUUUGUCUUCUGCAUCAUAUAUCGUCUUCAAAGUUUGAGAGUGCGGGUUACUUCAUCGUGUCGUCGUGGGGAGGUUUGUAGAUAUUGGUCAUGCCUGCGUUUGUUGUUUGUUUCAAUUUGUC